AUGGAGCGUCUGAAAUCCAUGUCCGGUGGCGGUUCGAGUUUGGAGCCGAUAUUGCGAGGUUUUCAUGAUGCUGGAUUCCAGGCUGCUGUUCAGCAGUUUGCUGCGGAGAGGGCAACGCACUUUCAAGCCACAUGCCCUGAUGGCUCGCAGCCAUUGAUUUGGACACAGUAUUUCAACGAAUACCGCGAGCUUUUCGAGAUGCACUUGCGACACAUACUGCACGGCCUGGGGAUGACCGAAGAUACAUUCCAUGAGCUGUGUGGGUACUUGCAGGAGAUCGAGGAAAAUUUGGGCGACGAUUCGGAAAACCUAUACGGCUACAUCAAGGCCAUAACAUCAUCUGAAGACUACGACGCCUUCCUGCAGCUGAUGUUUGCAGAGGUUCAGCGACAACAAUCGCUUGGAGCAGGGACAUCUCAAGAGAUCGAGGUGGUUGUGCCCGAGGGGAUGGGCGCUGGAGAGACUCUCCCGGUCGAUUACUUGGGUGCCCGCUAUGAGCUCAUCAUACCGGAGGGGUAUACGGCGGGGAUGACAUUUCGCACCAGCAUCCUGGUGUGA